GCUAGGUGUUUCUUUAUGCUAGCUUUUUUUUUCUUCAUUUUGUAGUCUUGUAUCUUUUAAACAUGCUAACAGGUAUCGAAGCACGAGCUAUUAGUCGAAGCAAACCAUUUAUGGAGUUUAUCCUUUGCACAAACGGCGUGUUUUCGUUUUGGUGAAGUUGGUCUUUUUUUUUCACGUUUGUACUUUCUAUACGACUUUUGGUCGUUGGGUUUUCGAAUUUUCGGUGAUUUUUUUUUGGUUUGUUUGUUUUUUAUUCGCGUAGGCAAUUAUGAAAGAUUUAUUGGUGUUUAAUAACGAAGUUUUUAGAACCUAUGCGUUUCACGUGGUUUUAUUGGUUUUCAAAAUGCUCCUGAUGUCGCUGAUGACUGCUUUUCAGAGGAUGAAGAAAAAAGUUUUUGUGAGCCCGGAAGACACCAGUUUCAUGGGAGGUAUCCUGAAAUACGACGACGCAGACGUAGAACGAGUUCGAAGAGCUCAUCUCAACGACUUGGAGAACAUCCCAGCCUUUCUCAUCACCGGUUUGAUUUUCGUGUUGAUAAAUCCAAAUGAAACGUUGGCUCUACAGCUGUUUCGUCUUUACACGUUGUGCCGGUACUUGCACACCAUCGUUUACGUAGUGAUCGUCAUCAGACAGCCAGCUCGAACACUCAUGUUCUUCGGAGGGUUAUUGGUCAACAUAACGAUGGGCGUAAUGAUCGCGAUGAAAGUCUACGAGUAAAUUCAAGACGUGAAAAUGGCUCCAGGAGAAUUCAAUUUGUUGGAUGGUUCAUUUGGUUGUUGUUUGUAUACAUAUUAUUAAAAAAAAAAAUUCUCAAUUUUUGCAGUAAACAUCUCGAAAGCUUUUCUUUUUCUAUGUGUUGAUUUUUUUCUUGCGCUUUGAAUCGAUUCGGUUAUCGAUCUCGGAUUUUAAUCAUGUUACGUAGUAUCGUUUCAUUAAUCUCUAAGUAUUAUACUUGAUAAUUCGUAUAGUGGUAUUAUUUUUUUUGUAAAUUACUCGUAUUAUUAAUCAAUAAAUAUCCAACUCGAGCACGA